ACCAGGGGCGUGUCCCCGGUACCCAGGGGCGUGUCCUGGGCGUGUCCCCGCUGUCCGGGGCGUGUCCGGGGCGUGUCCCCGGGGGCGGGGCCGGCGGGCGGGCGGUGCUUUGUGCUCGGCGGCGGCGGCGGGGCCGGGCCGGGGCCAUGGAGCGCUGGACCGGCCGGGUCGCGCUGGUCACCGGCGCCUCCGUGGGCAUCGGAGCGGCCGUGGCGAGGGCGCUGGUGCAGCACGGCAUGAAGGUGGUGGGAUGUGCUCGCAGCGUCGAUAAGAUCGAGAAGCUGGCAGCUGAGUGCCAGAGUGCUGGCUACCCGGGCACGCUGAUCCCCUACAAGUGUGACCUGUCCAACGAGGAGGAGAUCCUGUCCAUGUUCUCUGCCAUCAAGACCCUUCACCAGGGUGUGGAUGUCUGCAUCAACAACGCGGGGCUGGCCCGGCCCGAGCCCCUGCUCUCAGGGAAGACAGAGGGCUGGAGGACCAUGAUAGAUGUCAAUGUGAUGGCUGUGAGCAUCUGCACCAGGGAGGCCUAUCAGUCCAUGAAGGAGAGGAACAUCGACGAUGGGCACAUAAUUAAUAUUAACAGCAUGAACGGGCACAGCGUGGUGCCCCAGUCCGUGGUGCAUUUUUACAGUGCCACCAAGUAUGCGGUGACAGCGCUGACCGAGGGGCUGCGGCAGGAGCUGCGUGAGGCCAGGACACACAUCCGAGCCACAUGUAUAUCUCCAGGACUGGUGGAAACAGGAUUUGCUUUUAAACUUCAUGAUAAUGACCCCGAGAGAGCUGCUGCAACCUAUGAGAGCAUUCGGUGUCUCAAGGCUGAAGACAUGGCCAAUGCUGUCAUCUAUGUCCUCAGUGCCCCUCCUCAUGUACAGAUUGGAGAUAUACAGAUGAGGCCCACAGAGCAGAUCUCGUAGCAGGGGAGGAAGAUGAGGAGGACCAUGAGCAGCACCGUGUCCACUUGGAACCCUCUGGCAGCCCAGGGUUCCCUCGGCUGGCUGGCAACGUUUUAAUCAAGUACCAAGGAUCAUGUCUGAAGAAUUAUUUUUCUCUCCCUCUCUCUGAGCUGGUGCUGGUGCUGAGCCAGUUU